AUGUUGGUGCUGCGGUGCAGGCAUGGAACCUCUUUUUCUAAACUAGAUAACUUGGUGCCAAAUGGAAAAAUGAAGAUUCUCCUGGUCUUUCUAGGGCUUCUUGGUAAUUCUGUUGCCAUGCCAAUGCAUAUGCCCCGAAUGCCUGGAUUUAGCAGUAAAAGUGAGGAGAUGAUGCGAUAUAAUCAAUUCAACUUUAUGAACUCCCCACAUAUGGCACACCUGGGCCCCUUCUUUGGAAAUGGUCUGCAACUCCCUCAGCAAUUUCCUCAGUACCAGAUGCCCAUGUGGCCUCACCCACCACCCAACACACUCAACCCACAGAAACCCUCAGGACCCAAACGUCAUAACAAGACUGAUCAGACCCAAGAAACCCAGAAACCCGAUCAGACUCAGUCAAAAAAGCCACCACAAAAGCGGCCUUUGAAGCAGCCAUCACAUACUCCAGCUCAGCCCAAAGAGGAAGAUCAGCCACCUCAGGCAUUCCCACCAUUUGGCAAUGGGCUAUUCCCUUAUCAACAACCACCAUGGCAAAUUCCACAGAGGGUACCUCCACCAGGUUAUGGACGCCCACCAAUCAGCAAUGAAGAAGGUGGGAAUCCUUACUUUGGAUAUUUUGGAUAUCAUGGCUUUGGGGGUCGCCCUCCUUAUUAUUCAGAAGAAAUGUUUGAACAAGAUUUUGAAAAACCCAAAGAAGAAGAUCCUCCUAAAGCAGAAAGUCCAGGCACCGAACCCACAGCUAAUUCAACAACAAAUUCUACCCAACCGAACCCUAGAGGGAAUCAGGGUGGAAAUGAUACUAGCCCCACAGGGAACAGUACUCCACGGCCAAACACUGGGAACAACCCUCCAGAUCAAAAUGGGAUCAGCCCAGUCCCUGCAGUGAACGCUUCAGGCCAGGGAGGGCCAGGAAGUCAAAUCCCAUGGAGACCAAGUCAGCCAAGUAUUCGUGUAAAUCAUCCAAAUCCUAAUAUAAGAAAUUUUCCUUCAGGAAGACAGUGGUAUCCCACUGGUACUGUCAUGGGGCACAGACAAAAUGGACCUUUUUACAGAAAUCAACAAGUUCAAAGCGGUCUUCGGUGGAACUCAUUUGCUUGGGAAGGUAAACAAGUAGCUCGUCCAAGAAAUCCACUUUAUCACAUAGCUUACCCUUCUACUUCAAGAGGCAAUUAUCCCAAUUAUGCAGGAAAUCCAGCAAAUCUCAGAAGAAAGCCUCAGAGGCCAAAUAAACACCCUGUGAGAACUAAUGGUACCCCACUGGGUCCCAAACAUGACCCUGUUGUUCAAAAUGAAAAAAUUCAGAAUCCAAGGGAAAAGCCACUAAGUCCAAAAGAACCAAUAAUUGUUCCUACAAAGACUCCAACCAGUCCCUGGAGAAACUCUCAACAGUAUGAAGUUAAUAUUAAAUCAAAUUAUAAACUGCCUCACUCUGAAGGUUACACACCAGUCCCAAAUUUUAAUUCUGUUGAUCAACAUGAAAACUCCUAUUACCCAAGAGGAGAUUCCAGAAAAGUCCCAAAUUCUGAUGGACAAACCCAAAGCCAGAAUUUGCCCAAAGGGAUUGUUUUAGGGCCAAGAAGAAUCCCAUAUGAAUCAGAAACUAAUCAGUCAAAAUUAAAGCACAGCUCAUAUCAGCCUCCUGUAUACCCUGAGGAAAUUCCUUCUUCUGCAAAAGAAGAUUUUCCUGCUGGAAGAAAUACUUGGAACCACCAAGAAAUCUCUCCACCUUUUAAGGAAGAUCCUGGGAGACAAGAAGAACAUUUACCUCAUUCUUCCCAUGGUUCUAGAGGAAGUGUUUUCUACCCUGAAUAUAACCCCUAUUAUUCCAGGGAAAACUCACCAUAUCGUAGAAGCAAUACAUGGGAUGAGAGAGAGGAUUCUCCAAAUACUAUGGGGCAAAAAGAAAGUCCACUGUACCCCAUAAAUACCCCAGACCAGAAAGAGACAGUCCCUUAUAAUGAAGAGGACCCAAUUGAUCCAAAUGGAGAUGAGUAUUUUCCUGGACAAAAUAGAUGGGGUGAAGAGUUAAGCUUCAAAGGAAGCCCAACAGUUAGGCACUAUGAAGAUGAACAAUAUACCUCAAAUCAGCCAAAGGAAUAUCUUCCCUAUUCUUUAGAUAAUCCAUCAAAACCAAAGGAGGAUUUUUAUUAUAGUGAAUUCUACCCAUGGAGCCUGGAUGAAAAUAUUCCAUCAUAUAAUACAGCUCCUACUAUGUCACCACCUAUAGAAAGCAGGGGUUACUAUCUUAAUAAUGCCAUUGGACCAGAAGAAAGCACUCUGUUUCCUUCAUGGAACUCCUGGGACCGCAGGAUACAAGCCCAAGGGCAGAAAGAAAGAAGGCCGUAUUUUAACAGAAAUACCUGGGAUCAGGCAACACAUUUACAAAAAACCCCAGCUAGGCCACCAGACCAAACAGGUAACCAGCCCUAUUCCAGCAACACCCCAGCUGGGCUUCGGAAAAAUCCAAUACGGCAUGAAGGUGAGAAUUUGAACUAUGGCAUGCAAAUAACUAGGAUAAAUUCUCCAGAGAGAGAACAUUCAUCUUUCCCUGACUUUAUCCCACGAAGUUACCCAUCAGGUCAAAAAGAAGCACAUUUAUUUCACCUAAGCCAGAGAGGCUCUUGCUGUGCUGGGAUCUCCGCAGGGCCCAAGGACAAUCCACUAGCUCUACAAGACUAUACUCCAUCGUAUGGUCUUGCACCUGGGGAGAACCAAGACACCAGUCCUCUGUAUACAGAAGGUAGUCAUACCAAGCACACAAGACAUGUCGUCUCCCCAACAAACAUCCUACCAGUCCAAAGAAACAGCUCAGAGAAGAGGGAAAGCCAAAGCCCGAGUCCUUUCAGAGAUGAUGUAUCCACUCUGAGGAGGAACACACCAUGUUCUAUAAAGAAUCAACUGGGCCAAAAGGGAAUUAUGCCCUUUCCUGAAGCUGGUUCCCUUCAAUCAAAGAAUACGCCUUGUCUCAAAAAUGAUCUUGGAGGAGAUGGGAACAACAUUCUGGAACAAAUUUUUGAAGACAACCAGCUCAGUGAAAGAACUAUUGACCUUACUCCUGAGCAGCUUGUUAUUGGUACACCUGAUGAAGGCUCCGAUCCAGAAGGCAUCCAAAGUCAAAUCCAAGGAAAUGAGAGUGAGAGGCAGCAGCAAAGACCAUCUAACAUCCUGCAUUUGCCAUGCUUUAGCUCCAAAUUAGCAAAGCAUCACUCUUCCGGCAUUGGAUCUCCAUCUAGCAAUGGAAGGCAAAGCCCAUUUGAUGGGGAUUCAAUUAUGCCUACUGAAAAUCCUAACACAUUGGUUGAGUUAGCUACUGGGGAACAAUUUAAGAGUAUAAAUGUAGACCCACUUGAUGCAGGGGAACACACUCCAUUUGAAUUCCUUCAAAGAGGGACCAGUGCACAGGACCAGAUACAAGACUGCUUACUACUUCAGGCCUAG